AUGAAUACAGCACCCAGAUAACCCUUAUCAUCACAUAACUCUAUUGAUAAAAGAGAAAAUAAAUUAGAUUAUAAAUAAGAUCUUAAAUCAUUUUCAUUUAUUAAAUCUAAUACACUAAAUCUAUAAUCAUAAUCAUAAUCAUAAUCCUCAAUAUAAUAAUAACAAUAGUAAUAGUAAUAAUAAUAAUAAUAGUUAUUAUAAUAGUAAUUAUAAUAGUAAUAAUAAUAAUAAUUAUAGUAAUAGUAAUAAUAAUAAUUAUUAUUAUAGUAAUAGUCAUAAUAGUAAUAGUAAUAAUAAUAAUAAUAAUAAUAAUAAUAAUAAUAAUAAUAAUAAUAAUAAUUAUUAUAUUAAUAAAAUAAAACAUCAUCUUAGACUACUAAUAUAAAUAAUAAUAAUAAAACCAACAAUUAAAUUUAAGAUUUAGAAACCUUUAUUAAAGAAAUAGAUAGAUUAUAAUAUGAAAAUUAAUAAUUAAAGGUAAAGGCCUAGGAACCUUAAUUUAUUAUUGAAUAAGAUCCAAAAAUAGCAAUUGAAAAUAAAGAUCUUAAAGUAUAAUAUAUUUUUAUUUAUAAUUAGAAUUAAGUAGAUUAUCAUAAAUAAAAAUACGAAUUGCAAGAAAAAACCCAUAAUGAAACUAUCAGAUCUAUGGAUUUGAAUUGGAAAUAAGAUGUUGCAACAAUGAAAUUUUAGAUGGAAUAGUAAGAAUCAAAACAAAGAUAAGCUAUUAAAUAAGAAUAACUUUAAGCAAAAUAAGAAAUUACUCGUCUUUAAUAAAAUUUAACAUCAUUAUCAAGUUCUGAUAAUAAGAAUCAAAAUUUAGUUUAAGUGAUGGUAAAUUAAUUAAUUUAAUAAAUUAGGAAAGGCAAUUAAUAAAUUUAAAGAAGAGUAAUAAUGUUUUAGAGGAGAAGCUAUCAUAAGCAAUUUAAUAAUUUGAUUGUUAGUCAAAAGAUUAAGAGUUUACAUUACUGAAAUAGCAAGCAAUAAUAACCUCAUAGGAAUAACAUGUUAAUGAAUUGAAAAGUAAAUUAGGUUGUUAAAGAGAAUAAAAUUAAGGAUUAAGUAAUGAAUUAGAUAAAGUAAAAGAAAGAGCAGAUUAAAAGAAAUAAAAUGAAACUAUACUUACAAAUAAAAUAAAAUUAGUAGAAAAUGAUUUUGAACAUUUGUAACAGAAUUAUUGUUAGAAUAAGGAAUAAUUAUAAUCUAAAAUUAAUGAAUUGACUGGUAUGUAUGGUAAGUCAUAAGAAUAAAUUUGUUUGUUAUAAUAGUAGUAGAUAAGAGAACAAAGUUUAAUAAAAAGAUUGGAGACAAAUUUUGAGAAUGAAGAAAAGAAUCAUCAAUUAGAAGUGAAUGAUAUACAUAAAUCAAAAUAGAUGUUGAUAGAAUUUUUGGAAUAAGAAUUAGUAGGAUAUAAGGAAUAGAAUUAAUCAUUAAAAUUAGUGAAUUAAAAAUUAGAAAAUUAGCAUCAAGAAUAAUAGUAAAAUUUUGGAAAGAAUUUUCGAGAAUUAGAAUGCAAAACUAAUUUGUUGGGAGAAGAAUGUAGUAGAUUGAACAAUGUAAUAAAAUAGAGGGAUGAUUAGAUAUAUAGAUUAUAAGUUUAAUUGAAAGAAUUAAUGAGUAUGAAUGGAAAGAAUCAAAAUUAGGAAGAAUUGUUAGAAUCAUUAUAAGUAAAAGAAGGAGAAAUAAAUAUAUUAAAAUAGUAGAAUGAGAGUUUGAUAAAUGAUUUAUCUAAAUAAACAGACAAUUAUCAAAGUUUGGCUGGUCAGCAUAAAAAAUUACAAAAAUAUGCUGAGGAAGCUAAAAUAAAAAAUAUAACAAUGAACGAAUUAACUAGUAAAUUUGAACUUUAAGAGAGAGAAGUAGAUCGAUUAAGAAUGAAGGUUUUAGAGAAAUCAUAAUUAUUAGAAAAAGUAUAGAAAGAGAAUUUAGAUUAUCAAGCUAAAUUAAAAUCAAAGUUAAGAUGA